UUCUUACCCAGUAACAAAAGUGUACAUCCCACAGUAUCUGCAAGGACGCUAUAUCCGAGGGUUUGGGACUUAAAGCUUAUUUGUUCUUUUGUUUUAAAGCUACUAAAAAGGAUAGGCCGUAUAACCGUAUUCAAACGAGCUCUUCAUUUUUUCAAGUGUCCGAUUGCAGGAAGUAAACAACAAGCAUGAAACGGAAAUUAUGAUGGUUUACUUCCAAUACGUUGCCGGAAGCCUCUAUUUUCCCUUCUUUACAUAACAUUUCGCUUAAAUAAUCGCUAAAUCUAAAAUUCGUCAUUCAAAUUUCUAGAGAGGUGACAAGUUUGACACUCAAUUAAUUUUGUUUGCUUUUGUCACGAAAGUGUCACGCCAGUUCACGGUGGAAGAAGUAGGAUAACAAGAGAACGUUUCCGAUUUCUCUGGCUUUCUGUUGUUUCACAAUAUUGAUCAGCAAAGCCAGAAUCAGUUUCAUUUGAGUAAAGUGGGAAUAAGUUAUAUGAUCCUGCUGGUUCCGUGGUUGGAAACGUGAGAGGGACGAACAGCAAUUCGGAACUGAUGACUUGGUGGAAUUGUUCUUGGCCUUGGCUUGAAUCAAAUAUUUCUGCUGUGGCGAUUUUAUUGGAACCCAUUGAUCAUCAUUGGUGGUCAAAAUCCUUUGCUUAAAAACUUUUACCGACAACCCGCACAAAUGUAAGCAAGAAUUUUAUUCUUUAAGUUAUUCGAAUUUCUUUAACCCCCUUUUUUUUUGCUUGUUAUCGGAGGGCGACCAAUUGAUGAGUGGGCGAUUUCUUUCUGAUGUACGUGCUGGUGGAAGCAAAAUCUGUUACUCCUUUUGCGUCGUCGCCGUUGAUGUCUCCGCUCGUCCAUUGACGACUUACCUCUUCUUUUCCUACGUGUUGGGACAGUUCAGGACCACAUGGUAGUAGACCCUACUACCUGAACGAGAUAGGCAAUUUUCUAAAAUGAAAGGUGCCCCAGACUGCCAGUCAGCUCGGUGCGGGAUGGAUGCUGGAUGCAAGAAAGAGAAAGACGGUUCGUUCAUCUGCAUUUGUACCCAUGAUUUGAGCCCGGAAAUACCUGGUAAAGCAUGUCCUCGAAAUGUUGUCUUCUCAGUUGGCUCCCAGUUUCCUGGCAAAAGUAAAACGCUGAUUACCGUUACACCGAGCUGGUCUAGAUCAAGAACAUGGAUCAAGUAAUAUGAGCGUUAAGGCUCGUCCGUCUUCACCUGGGUUGGCGGAUGGUAAUCAAGAUUACUCGGAAUAUGCAACUGCGAAUGCUUUUGCACUAGCGUAUACGUUGCCAAUAAUCAUUGCCAUCGUAUUGAUUGGGCUUGUAUUGCUUUCAAUCCGGCUGAUUCGGUGGAUCAGGAUCUAUCGCAUGACCAACAGAAACAGGCCAAACUUACGUGUUGGUGGAAACGCCAUCCAAAAAGAACUCCUUGAUGCCCAAUCCCUGGGAAUUGACAAUGCAGAACAGGUGUCUUUAUUCCUGUUACGAGAAUGGAUCGAACUGGAAGCAAGAGAUUGGUGAAGGUUGUUUUGGUAAAGUAUUCCGCGGUCGUCUCCGACGUCCUGAGUCAUCACUACCGCCAUCUGAUCCAUCCUACAUCAAAGUAGAUAACAGCCAAGCAGUAGCAAUUAAAGUGCUUAAAACUCCAUCACCUGGAAUCGCUUCUAUAACCGCCGAAAGAGAACUACUCCGUGAAGCCAGAACGAUGGCUUCAUUCUCACACGAAAAUAUCUUGACUUUACAUGGUAUUGUUAUCAACGAGUGCAACAUGGGAUCCUGGUUGGUGUUUGAAUACAUGGAGCUGGGUGACCUUGCUCAAUUACUGCGCUCUUCUAAUGGUUACUCACGUUCCAAAGAAAAAGAAAGUCAUUCGUCUACACGAUAUUUGGUUCAGGAGGACCUGCCUCCGAUAGCAGAACAAAUCGCUAAUGGAAUGAAAUAUCUUUCGUCACGAAAUUUCGUUCACCGUGAUCUAGCGUGCCGCAAUUGUCUGGUGGGAGAACGACCAUCUCUCCAACCAACAGAGGAUCUAUCAAAUCUAAUCAUCAAAAUAUCCGAUUUCGGAAUGAGCAGAGAUCUUCAUAGCAAUGAAUACUACAAGAUGGGAGGCUCGCGAUUCUUACCCGUCAGAUGGAUGCCUCCGGAAGCGAUUCUGUAUGGCAAGUUCAGUGAACAAUCGGAUGUUUGGUCCUUUGGAGUCCUUCUUUGGGAAAUUUUCUCAAUGGGUGCCAUACCUUACUAUGGCCACGCUAAUGAAGAGGUAGUCACUAUGAUACUGGGUUCCAUUUAUCUGGAACCACCGAAUUCUGCGCCUCCACUGAUUCGCCAGCUGAUGAUCGAACAUUGUUGGAAGAAGGUGCCAUCUGAUCGUCUCUCCUUUACGGAGAUUCAUGCUAAGCUCACUGGGUUUUCGAGUGCAUCACCGCCAGAGGAAUCUCAAGUAACUUCUCACCGUUAUGUUUACCUUCAACCGUUACCUGAUCUAGAACAAUAGUGUAUUACUUGUCUUCUAUCAAACUAAAGAUAAUCUUAUGGAAUCAUCAACUUAGUGGCUUCUAAGGCUAGUGAUAGUCCUGCAGGUUAACUACAUAAUCUAAUGUUGUUUUUGUGGCAUUAUCGUUUUAAUGUCUAAUAGCCAAUUACCUGAUCUGUGUCGGUAAUUGUUCGGCCCUUUUUCUAAUUUAUGGUGCAUGUCUCCAUGAUAACCGACCAAGUUGGAUUGUGUGACGUCUAUUUAAACUCUCUGUCGAUACGUAUUCUCUUUGAACUAGUGUGAACUUUCCAAGUUCGUCUAGAUCUCGCUCUACUCGCAGGGUACGGCGUGGGACGUUGUUUGAAUAAAAACCGUCCAAAACGUAAA